UCACGUGAGCGACCGGGGUCACGGGGCCGCAGUCUUCGCUGGGCUCCAGCGGCGGUGCGUUAGGACCUACGGCCCGCUCCCUUCUGGGUCUUCGGUCGGCCACAUGGAGGAGGAGGAGGAGGAAGCGCGAGCGCUGCUGGCAGACGGUCCCAGCGAGGCCGGCGGAGGUGCCCCCGCCGCCUCUGCUGGCCCAGGGGUGCUGCCGGCCCUCUGCGAUCCCAGUCGCCUGGCGCAUCGGCUUUUGGUGCUCUUGCUGAUGUGCCUCCUCGGCUUCGGCAGCUAUUUUUGCUAUGAUAAUCCUUCUGCCCUUCAGAGUCAGGUUAAACGGGAUAUGCAGGUGAAUACUACAAAAUUCAUGCUGCUCUAUGCCUGGUAUUCUUGGCCUAAUGUGGUUAUGUGUUUCUUUGGUGGCUUUUUGAUAGACCGAGUAUUUGGAAUACGAUGGGGCACCAUUAUUUUUAGCGUCUUUGUUUGCAUUGGACAGGUUGUUUUUGCUCUGGGUGGAAUAUUUAAUGCUUUUUGGCUGAUGGAAUUUGGAAGGUUUGUGUUUGGGAUUGGUGGGGAGUCCUUAGCAGUUGCCCAGAAUACAUAUGCUGUGAGUUGGUUUAAAGGCAAAGAAUUAAACUUGGUAUUUGGACUCCAACUUAGCAUGGCUAGAAUUGGAAGUACAGUAAACAUGAACCUCAUGGGAUGGCUGUAUGCUAAGGUUGAAACUUCAUUGGGUUCUACUGGUCACACAACCCUUGGGGUCACACUUAUGAUUGGUGAAGUUAUUAAAUUAACAGAUGUUAAGGACUUCUCCUUAUCGCUGUGGCUCAUAUUUAUCAUCUGUGUGUGCUAUUAUGUUGCUGUGUUCCCUUUUAUUGGCCUUGGGAAAGUUUUCUUUAUGGAGAAAUUUGGAUUUUCUUCCCAGGCAGCAAGUGCUAUUAAUAGUAUUGUGUACGUCAUAUCAGCUCCCAUGUCCCCGAUAUUUGGGUUCCUGGUGGAUAAAACAGGAAAGAACAUCAUCUGGGUCCUGUGUGCAGUGGUGACCACUCUUGCUUCCCACGUGCUUCUGGCCUUUACUCUGUGGAACCCUUGGAUUGCUAUGUGUCUCCUGGGAAUCUCCUAUUCAUUGCUUGCCUGUGCAUUGUGGCCGAUGGUGGCAUUUGUAGUUCCUGAACAUCAGCUGGGAACUGCGUAUGGUUUCAUGCAGUCCAUUCAGAAUCUUGGGUUGGCAAUCAUUUCCAUUGUUGCUGGCAUGAUAUUGGAUACUCGGGGAUACUUGUUUUUAGAAGUUUUCUUCAUUGCCUGUGUUUCUUUAUCACUUUUAUCUGUGGUCUUACUCUAUUUGGUGAAUCGUGCCCAAGGUGGGAACCUAAAUUAUUCUGCAAAACAGAGGGAAGAAAUAAAACUUUCCCAUGCUGAGUAA